CGGCCGGCAGGGGGCGCUUCCGCGGCGGCGGGCGGCGGCGGCGGCGGCGGCGGCGGCGGCGGCGGCGGGCGAAGACGAUGUUCAAAAGCGGGCGGGGAGCGGCGGCGGCAGCAGCACAGCGCCGAGCACCGGCACCGGGCCGCCGCCAUGCGCCUCCGCGCCGCCGCCGCCCUCUGCCUCUGCCUGCUGGGCGCCUGCCGCCUCCGCCGCGGGCUGGAGGCCGCCGCUGUGCGCGGCCCGUCGGCGGCCGCUCCCCAGCGACCCUCGGCAGCCGCGCCUUCCUCCGCCUCCUCCUCCUCCUCCUCCGCCGCCGCCUCCCCCUUCUCCUCCCCGCCGCGGAGGGACGGGGCUCUCCGCAACGGCACCGUGGUGCCGCACCACUACAUGGUGGCCCUCUACCAGCGCCUGGCUGCCCGCCGCGCCCCCGGCCGCCGCGCCGACACCGUGACGGGCUUCGCGGAGUGGGCGCGCAGCGAUUCCUCCCCGGCCGCCCUCGAGCAGCGGUACCUCUUCGACAUCUCCAGCCUGCCCGACACGGAGGAGGUGACGGGUGCGGAGCUGCGGAUCCUGCGCGCCCUCCCCGAAAACCGGAGCUUGGCCCUGUCCCCCGAAGGCACGUUCCACCACCUCCUCCUCUCCACCUGCCCGAGCCAGGACGGUGAGGAGCCCAGGCUGCUGGACUACAGGGCUGCAGACGUUUUGGAUGGGGGCUCCUCCAGGUGGGAGGUGUUUGAUGUCUGGGAAGCCCUGCGGGAUUGGAGGGAGAGGUCUCUCUGGGGCAAGCUGCUGUGCUUCCUGCUGAGGAUCGUCUCGGAUGAGUCGAGGCGGCUUCUGCCCCCCCGGCAGCUGGGGUUCAGCAAGCCCCGGCCGCAGCCUCACGAGAGAGCCCUGCUCGUGGCCUUCUCCCACACCCAGAGGAAGGAGAACCUCUUCAAGGAGAUCCGGGAUAAGAUCAAGGCCCUGGGCAGCACCCCCUUCCUGGAGCCUCCUGAUCCCGGCCGGGAGGCGUUCCCCACGCGGAGGAAGAGACGGACCACCAUCGCCGCCCGGACUGGGGGCAGAGGCCACGGGAAGAAGGCGAAGACCCGCUGCAGCAGGAAGCCCCUGCAUGUGAACUUCAAGGAGCUGGGCUGGGACGACUGGAUAAUUGCCCCCCUGGAUUACGAGGCGUACCACUGCGAGGGGGUCUGCGACUUCCCCCUGCGCUCCCACCUGGAGCCCACCAACCACGCCAUCAUCCAGACCCUGAUGAACUCCAUGGACCCGGAGUCCACCCCCCCCAGCUGCUGCGUGCCCUCCAAGCUCAGCCCCAUCAGCAUCCUCUACAUAGACUCUGGGAACAAUGUGGUUUACAAACAGUACGAGGACAUGGUCGUGGAGACGUGUGGCUGCAGGUAGCAAUUUCUGCAGCUCUCCCCCUCACAUCCCUGCCCUGCCCAGCCCA